CGAGCCUGGGCGCGCGCGGGGCUCGGCGCUGCCAGCACAGCUGAGGCCGCGCCUGUGCCCGAGCCCGCGCGUCCUCCCUGCCCGCUCCUGCCGCUGGCCGGCGGGGCUGCCAGGAUGGAGGACUCCCAGGAGACGUCGCCCUCUUCCAACAACUCCUCCGAGGAGCUCAGCUCCGCGCUGCAGCUGUCCAAGGGCAUGUCGAUCUUCCUCGACAUACUGAGGAGAGCAGACAAAAAUGAUGAUGGGAAGUUGUCCUUUGAAGAAUUCAAAGCAUAUUUUGCAGAUGGUGUGCUGAGUGGUGAAGAAUUACAUGAGCUCUUCCAUACCAUCGAUACACAUAAUACCAACAAUCUUGACACAGAGGAAUUAUGUGAGUAUUUUUCUCAGCACUUGGGUGAAUAUGAGAAUGUGCUGGCUGCUCUUGAAGACCUCAAUCUUUCCAUCCUGAAGGCAAUGGGGAAAACAAAGAAAGACUAUCAAGAGGCUUCCAAUUUGGAACAAUUCGUAACUCGGUUUUUAUUGAAAGAGACCUUGAAUCAGCUGCAGUCUCUUCAAAAUUCCCUAGAAUGCGCAAUGGAAACAACGGAGGAACAAACCCGUCAAGAAAGGCAAGGCCCAGCCAAACCAGAAGUCUUGUCCAUUCAGUGGCCUGGAAAACGGUCAAGCCGCCGAGUCCAGAGACACAACAGCUUCUCCCCCAACAGUCCUCAAUUUAGUAUCGGCGGUCCAGGUUUAUUGGAAGAAGACAACCAGUGGAUGAUCCAGAUAAACAGACUGCAGAAGUUAAUUGAUAGGCUGGAGAAGAAGGAUCUCAAACUUGAACCACUGGAAGAAGAAGUUAUUGAAGGGAAUACGAAAUCUCACAUAAUGCUUGUGCAGCGGCAGAUGUCCGUGAUAGAAGAGGACCUGGAGGAAUUCCAGCUGGCCCUGAAGCACUACGUGGAGAGCGCCUCCUCCCAAAGUGGGUGCCUGCGUAUUUCUAUUCAGAAGCUGUCAAAUGAAUCUCGCUACAUGAUUUAUGAGUUCUGGGAGAAUAGUAGUGUAUGGAAUAGCCAUCUUCAGACAAAUUACAGCAAGACAUUCCAAAGAAGCAACGUGGAUUUCUUGGAAACUCCAGAACUCACAUCCACUAUGCUCGUCCCUGCUUCUUGGUGGAUCCUGAACAAUUAG